AGUUCGCGCCCGGCAACGUCGCGGCCUCUGUUUCUGACGGAAGCUCGGGGCUUGAAGAAGGGGCUACCUUAGGGCUCGCGGCCUCGCCUGUGGCGUGGGAGUUGCUUCCGGGUUCCGUCCCGGAAGCAGGAAGUUGUCGGCUUACCCUCCUCGCCCGGCGGCUGCUGUCCCCGAGGCGGGAGGAGCCCGAGAGGGCGCGGGCCCCGCAUGAAUCAUUGUAGUUGAUCACUUUUCCAGUUUUCAGCCACUCAGUUGUGAUAAUCGAGGGACACGGUGUUGUGGUUUCCACUCUGCCAGCACAGAAUAGGAAAAUACUUGGGAUUUUGUAUUAGAAGACAUGGAUCUCGCCGCCAAUGAGCUCAGCAUUUAUGACAAACUUUCAGAGACUGUUGAUUUGGUGAGACAAACAGGCCAUCAGUGUGGCAUGUCAGAGAAGGCAAUUGAAAAAUUUAUCCGGCUGCUGGAAAAGAAUGAACCUCAGAGGGGGCCACCCCAGUAUCCUCUCCUGAUAGCUACGUAUAAGGUCCUUGUAACCCUGGGAUUAAUCUUGCUCACUGCCUACUUUGUGAUUCAACCUUUCAGCCCAUUACCACCCGAACCAAUGCUUUCUGGAGCUCACACCUGGCGCUCACUCAUCCAUCACAUCCGGCUGAUGUCCUUGCCAAUUACCAAGAAGUACAUGCCAGAAAAUAAGGGAGUUCCUCUGCAUGGGGGUGAUGAAGACAGACCCUUUCCAGACUUUGACCCUUGGUGGACAAACAACUGUGAGCAGAAUAAGUCGGACCCCAUCCCUGCGAACUGCACUGGCUGUGCCCAGAAAUUACCCCUCAAGGUGAUGCUCCUGGAAGAUACCCCGAAGAAAUUUGAGAGACUCCAUCCUCUGGUGAUCAAGACGGGACAGCUCUUGUUGGCGGAGGAACUUCAGCUUUUCUUGUGCCAGUACCCGGAGGUAUCGGAAGGCUUCGGAGAAGCGUUUUUCACCAAGUGGUGGCGCUGCUUUCCCGAACGGUGGUUCCCAUUUCCUUAUCCGUGGAGAAGACCUCUAAACAGAUCACACAUUUUACGUGAGCUUUUUCCUGUUUUCACCUACCUGCCAUUUCCAAAAGAUGCCUCCUUAAAAAAGUGCUUCCUUCUUCAACCGGAACCUAUUGUGGGUAGUAAGAUGCACAGGAUGCAUGACCUGUUUAUCAUUGGCAGCGGUGAGGCCAUGUUGCAGCUCAUCCCUCCUGCCCAGUGCCAAAGACACUGCCAGUCCGUGGCGAUGCCGCUAGAGCCAGGGGAUGUUGGCUAUGCCGGUGCCACCCACUGGAAGGUCUACGUGAUUGCCAGAGGGGUCCAGCCUUUGGUCAUCUGUGAUGGAACCACCCUCUCCGAACUAUAGGAAACAAGAACCAUACAGAGGAACAACUUUGAGAGCUGAAGACCAGAUUGAAAGGGGAGAAAUAAAAACAAAAACAAUGAAACCACUUUCCAAGGUUACUUAGUUACCUGUCCUCUGCAUGCGUGUAUGAGCCAGCCGUAUGCUGGAGGCCGUGGCCAGAGCCUGGUCCUCCCAACUCUUCCAGCCUAGCUGCUUGGCCAGGACUUUGCCAAUACCUGUCUGCGAGAGACUGGGCUCUCCCAUAUUCCACAGCUUUUGGAACCACAGCCUCGAGGCUGCCCCUCAGGCAGGAAACGGGAUUGGUGCCUUCCCUUCCUCUCAUGGCAUGACCCCCUCUGCUGGCUCCCUGGCCACAGAGAGGGCAGCCAGCAGGUCCUGACUUCAGAGCCAUCCCUUACCAGGUGGGCCUGCUUGUGCUGUCUUCCUGGCCACACCACCCUGUACUUCUGUGGAAAACCAUGGCUGAUUAAAGGAGUCAGUGCAGUUUCCCCAGCAGAAUGGGAUCUAGAAUCAGUGAAACAGGAUGAAAUAAUCUCAUUGCACUGGAGAAAUGCACUGCUUUCCCAGUGUCCAUGACUCUUGGAGUCUCAGUGAUGCCAGGGUGGAGUCUGGUUGUAACUGACAUGGUAAUCCCUAAGGUAAUACUUCGCUCCGUUUGAUCAGGUUCUCUGCUUCCCCGCCCCGCAGCUCCCUUCCCGCCUCGUUUGCCUAUCUGGAUGGAUGGUUUCUCAGAAGCUGGACUCCCUGUCCCUCUCCCUGGCUGGUCCAGAGCCCUUUACUGCUGAGGCAGCACAGUUCCUGUCAACUGGGUUGUUUUACCAAGUGUCUUCAGAGGGGAUGAGUUAGAGUGCUGGCCUGGGGAGAGGGUGCCUCCCCAGGUUUGAUCUGGAGGGUCCAGCUUUCUGCAGGGAAAAUGUUUUACAGAUGUGUCAAGCUGAUGUUGUAAUGUGGUUGGGGAAGGAACUCCAGACCUAACGUCUUUGCCAGCUGGGUGUGCAACUCCGGGAUCCUCUGUCUUAAAAUGAUUUUUCUCUUUGUACUGGGAUACAAGGUGAGGUAUUUUUAUUGCUCAUAAAAAUAUAAAGGUGUGUUCUUUCA